AGUUACACACACAAGUAUAUGUGAAGUUUAUAUCCAUGCAUGGUUGUGGUUUGCUUUGUUUUAAGAUUCCUUAAUUUCUGUGACAAUUGUGUAACCUUUAUAGAUUAUGUGUUCACUUCAUGACCGUGUCACUUUUGACAUAUGUAUGAAAAUUAAGCUGAUAUUACAGACAAUGAACAUUAUAUUACAUUAUAUUACAUACAAUUUAAAUACAAUGCGUAUUCACUUUGUACAGUAACAUAUCUCUAAUAACAAUUAUUUAUAGAAUAUAUAUGUAUGUAUGUACAUACAUAUUGUACAUAUGUCAACGUUAAAAGACGUCAAUUUCAAUGAAUAAUAAUGCUGCAUCAUCACAAUGACAUAAUAACAAUGAAUUUGAUAAAAAAUCCUAACAUUUGGCUUCUAAGAAUACACGUAAAUGAUAAUAAUAAAGAUAAUAAAAAAGAAUAUGGAAUAUUUUACGAUACUUUAUAAGCUUUUAGAUUUCCUGUACUAAGUAUCAUUUUAUUUAAGAGAGAUAUAUGUAUAUCAUAAACCAUAUAUAAACGUAUGAAAAGAUCAUAGAAUGUUAAAAACUUGUUCAUCGAUAUCAAUAAAGCUGAACAUAUUUAUUCUUUUAAUCAUAGUAAUUAUUAGAUAAAAGCGAUAUUCUCAUUUUAUUCUUAUUUUCUGAGGUAUCGUUUGAAUUAUAUAAUUUGUAGAAUUUUCUUGAAACUUUUCUUGGAAAUGAACGCAGCCCAUGUGACAAAGCACAGUGCAUGCAAUCAAUGACGGAGAAUUACGCGGUUCGGAAUUGAAUGUUAAUUCAGGAAAUGUGUCAAGAUGUAGUAGAAAUUUUGGAAAUUGUAUUGAACGCUCCUUGGAACUUUCUUCUGUUGUAGUUAUUCCAGAUGGAUAAUCUGCUUAAACUUAUCUAUAAAGGAGCGGGUGACUAUACAUUUACUGUUGUUCAAGCUAUCAAUGCAUUAGGAUUUGGAAAAUUUCAAGUUAAGUUAUCUUUAUUUACCGGUCUCUGUUGGAUGGUAGAUAGUAUGGAAAUAACAAUAUUAAGCAUUUUAAGUCCAUCCUUACAUUGUGAUUGGGGUAUAACUAGAUAUCAACAAGCUUUAACAACCACGGUUGUUUUCCUUGGUAUGAUGCUAAGUUCUACGUUUUGGAGUAAUUUAAGUGAUAGAUAUGGUAGUAAACAAUCUUUAACUUUAUGUGCAAUAUUGCUACUUUAUUAUGCUCUUUUAAGUGCUUUUGCACCAAAUUUUCUGUGGAUUUUAUUACUUAGGGGAUUAGUUGGUUUUGCUAUUGGUUGUGUACCACAAUCAGUAACAUUGUAUGCAGAAUUUCUUCCUGCAAAACAAAGAGCAAAAUGUGUCAUUUUGUUAGAUUGUUUUUGGGCACUUGGAGCCUGUUUUGAAGUGGCAAUAGCAUUGGUAAUAAUGCCAACCUUUGGUUGGAGAUGGCUUCUCAUUUUAUCAACAAUACCACUUCUUGUAUUUGCUAUUAUUACUCCAUGGUUACCAGAGUCUACAGUAUUUGAUAUAACGAGCGGAAGAAUGGAUAAAGCUGUUUCAACUUUAGAACGAGUAGCAAGAGAAAAUAAAAAACCUUUACCUCCAGGAAGAUUAGUUAUGGAUCGCUUUUAUCAAAUUAAUCAUGGCAAAUUGAAAGAUGUAUUAAGCAAGGAAAUGUGUAGGACAUCUACCUUGCUUUGGCUUGUAUGGAUGAGUACAGCAUUUUGUUAUUAUGGUGUUGUAUUAAUGACUACAGAAUUAUUCCAUACAUCAUCUGAACAAUGUAGUUUGUGGGAAAACAAAAAGGAAGAUACUUGUCAAUUAGAUUGUCGUUUAGAAAGGAGUGAUUACAUCGAUCUUCUUUGGACAACGUUAGCUGAAUUUCCAGGAAUUUUUUCCACUAUUUUUGCGAUUGAAAAAAUUGGUAGAAGAAAGACAAUGGCGUUCCAAUUAAUAAUGUUUGCUAUGUUAAUCUGUUUCUUAGGUAGAGCUUGUCUAUUAAACAGAGCAGCAUUAACACUAGCAAUUUUUCUAGCUAGAGGUUUAAUUGCCGGCGUGUUUCAAGCUGCAUAUGUGUACACUCCAGAAGUGUAUCCGACUCAUUUACGUAGUAUCGGUGUUAGUACUUGUAGUGCAAUGGCUAGAAUUGGUGCAAUGGUUACACCAUACAUAGCACAAGUAUUUCUUCAAUGGUCUAUUACUGGAGCAAUGGCAAUUUAUGCUGCAACAGCAUUAUGUGCUGCAAUAGCUACUCUUGCUUUACCUGUUGAAACGAAAAAUCAUACAUCUAAUGACACAACUCAAGAGACGCGAUAAAGUUUUAACCUUUUUUCAUUUUUCUUCUUUUUACUACUGAAAUAUUUUAAGAGGGAAGAUUUCAUCAACAUUAUAACAUUUUGCAAUAGUCGUUAAACUAACAGUUUUCCGGUGAUGAAAAACAAAUUCGUUUCUAUUUAUUGGAUAUUCGUUUAUUUUGUUUUUACAAUGUUAUAAUUACAUAUAUGCAUAACUAGUAUUACUUUUUGUUCCUGACUAAUUUUGUUUUAUAAAUUACUUGAAUGAAUGGGAUACACUAUACAUCAUAAGUUAUUUAACAUAUGUGUAUUUACUUUUCUGUAACACUUUAGACAGUGAUAGUAAGUUUUAAACUUAUAAGAAAUAUACAAAGACUGAUAUAUAAAAUAUUAAAUAUUAAUAUAUAACAGAAGUGCCAAAAUGCACAAACGUGCAGGAUUAAUGUACACACGCUAAACCAUAACUUUUGUUAUCUAUUUUAGUAUUACAACAAUAACAUAAUUUAUUUUCAUAAAUAACAAAGCAUGUAAAGCUACAAUAUAUAUAUAUA